AUGACGCGUCCUCAGCCCCUCAGACAACUCUUACGCUGGGCUCUGGGUCACCGCGGCGACGAGCUACAAACCGCUCAGAAACGGGUGAUGGUGGCCGGCCUGGGCAACUACACGCUCCCUGGCACCCGGCACAGCGUGGGCAUGGCAGUGCUGAACCACCUGGCCUCCAAGCUGGACAUGGGUGACCAGUGGAAGAGAGACAAGCAAUGCUGCGCGGACGUAGUGGUGGCCCGCCUAGGAGAUGCUGAGCUUCUGCUGAUGAAACCUCGCAAGUUCAUGAACCUCAAUGGGACCUCCGUGGUCACAGCUGCGGAAAAAUUCAGCCUUAGUAUUGAAGAUAUUUAUCUGGUCCACGAUGAUCUGGAUAAGCCUCUGGGGAAGAUCUCCCUAAAACUGGGAGGCAGUGCCAGAGGUCACAACGGAGUCCGUUCCUGCAUCAGCUGCCUGCACUCCGACCGUAUGGCGCGGCUGAGGAUCGGCAUCGGCCGUCCGACGGGAAAGGCAGCCGUAGAAGACUACGUCCUAAGCCAGUUUACCAACGCGGAGCAAGAGGUCUUGCCAUCCCUAUUUGAGCGGGCAACCACGAUCCUGCUCCAGCAUCUUCAACAGAAUUGUGGCCAAAGGGAGUCCCCGGAUCCCUGCGAUGGACUCGCGAGCCCCCCGCACAAAACAGAUGGCAGGGGGCCAUCUCGAACCGACCUAUAAGAACGGCCAGGGAACGUAGAUUGUGUGUG